GGUACCUGAUAUCCCAGCUCUCACAUCAGGUCAGAUCAGUAUGCACGCAUGUUGAAGACCUGCAAGGUUCACAGCGCCUCCAAAAGCCACACCCGCAGAUUACUAACAAUAAACAAGAAAUGUCAAUACAGUGCCGAAAAGCAGACAUUCGUCCAUUACAAUCGAAAGACCUCCCUAUGCUAAGCUUUGUCACUUCGACUCUCAAGCCGUGGCGAUGCGCAUCGUCCCCCCUAUCAAAAUGCACAAUGAUUUCCAGAAAGAGCACAUCGACCACAGAGAGCGACUAUCUGACGCCCUCUCCUUGGACGUAGCUCUACUUUCGGUAAUUAUCGUGCAUUUUUACCGGCAGUAUCAGUGGCAGGCAUUAGCACACGGGGAUGGAGGAUACAGCAUAUGGAGGACAGCUUUCUUAUCAAGAGUUUGUGUUGAACAAGACAUCAUGCACAGGGUGCUCAUCCAAAAAUGUCGAGAAGCAAGUGAUCUUCAAAGACAGCAGGGGCUAGAAUUUCUUCAUAUGCCCCCAUCCGCGCCGUUGAGUAGAGUUUGUGCUGAGAUGUGGAGAAAUAGGAAAACCAAUAGCGGCAAUACCGACAAGCUUGUCUUGUCUGGGUACGUGCAUGGAGAAAGACGAGACAAGACAGGACUCCAAGGAUAUGCAGGUGUGGGAUGUGCUACUUGUGUUACUCGUGGAGGAGUGAAUCAAGCUGUGAACAUGCUUGUCGCAGAGCUGACCUUGAAAGAUGUGCUGAUUUGAGGUCUGGUUCAAGAGGUUGGUCAGGGCGCGAAUCUGGAGAUGUGGGCGAUGUUGGCUUGGCGG